CCGGAAGGCGCCUGGCCCGGCGCGGGCAGGUGCCGUGAUGUCCUGUCUGGGUCGCUCCCUCAGGGCGGGCGGCCGAAGACGCGGGAUGAAACGUGACCACCGUCGCCUCCGGAGAGGAAUCGUUUCUCACUGAGAAACUUGAACCACGUGGGCUAAGAAAGAACUGGCUGUGGGAACACACGAGCUGGAGCCCGGGAGGCAGCUGUGAUUCCGGCCAGGACCUUGGCUGAGCGGCUGUGGCUUCUCAUUGGCUGGGUUGUUGCUAGGUUGUGAGCAGCCCCAGGAGAGGCCCGCUGGGGGAGGCCUGCCACUGACAACCAGCAAAGAACCGAGUGAUGAACACCAACAACCAGGAGAGUGAGCUUAGCAACAGACCUUCCAGCCUUCAGAUGAGCCCCAGCCCCGCUGCCUCGCUGCCCCUGAGCCACAGAACCUGAGAGAUCAUACAUGUGUUUUGUUUCGAGCUGCCAAGAUGUCCUGAGCCCUUGCUGCGACUCCAGAGGACUUGGGCCUGCCUGUCCCCUGGGCUGGACGUGAAGGCCAGCUACACCCCUGCUCUCUGCUGGUGGCGUGCUGCCGACAGGACACAGUGUCUGUCCUUCCACCGAAACCACCGCGGCCGAGAUAAGGACGCGCCGGCGGGGACAUCAUGUCGGCGUCCGCGAAACCCCCGGCCCCUGCGGAGCUGGCCCCGGGCUCCGAGGACGGGCCCCGGGGAAAACUGCCCCUCGGCUGGGGCUCUCUGUUCGGCCACCGAAGCGAGAAGAUUGUUUUCGCCAAGAGCGACAGCCUCCCCGAGGAGAGCGUGCUCACGGUCACCAUCAACGAGACCACCGUCAUCGAGUCCGACCUGGGCGUGUGGAGCUCGCGGGCUCUGGUCUACCUCACGCUCUGGUUCUUCCUCAGCUUCUGCACCCUCUUCCUCAACAAGUACAUCCUGUCCCUGCUGGAGGGCGAGCCCAGCAUGCUGGGUGCGGUGCAGAUGCUGUCCACCACGUGCAUCGGGUGCUUGAAGACAUUCGUCCCCUGCUGCCUGUACCAGCACAAAGCCCGGCCCUCCUACCCACCCAACUUCAUCAUGACCAUGCUGUUCGUGGGCCUCAUGAGGUUUGCGACAGUGGUUUUGGGUCUGGUCAGCCUGAAAAAUGUGGCGGUUUCCUUUGCUGAGACGGUGAAGAGCUCGGCCCCCAUCUUCACUGUGAUUAUGUCCCGGAUGAUCUUGGGGGAGUACACUGGGUUGCUGGUCAACCUGUCCCUUGUCCCCGUCAUGGGAGGCCUGGCCCUGUGCACAGCCACCGAGAUGAGCUUCAACAUCUUGGGGUUUUCAGCUGCACUGUCCACCAACAUCAUGGAUUGUUUGCAAAAUGUUUUUUCAAAAAAGCUCCUCAGCGGGGACAAGUACAGGUUCUCGGCCGCUGAGCUGCAGUUCUACACCAGUGCCUCGGCCGUGGCCAUGCUGGUUCCUGCCUGGGUCUUCUUCAUGGACUUGCCGGUGAUCGGGAGGAGCGGGAAGAACUUCAGUUACACCCAGGACGUCGUGCUGCUGCUGCUGAUGGACGGCAUCCUGUUCCACCUCCAGAGCGUCACGGCAUACGCACUCAUGGGGAGAAUUUCCCCUGUGACCUUCAGUGUUGCCAGCACCGUGAAGCAUGCCCUGUCCAUCUGGCUCAGUAUUAUAGUUUUCGGCAACAGAGUCACCAGCCUGUCGGCCGUGGGCACCAUCCUGGUGAUGGCUGGUGUCCUGCUCUACAACAAAGCCAAGCAGUACCAACAGGACGCCAUGCAGAGCCUGGCUUCGGCCGGCACCCGGACGCCAGAGGAUGGCACGGAGCCGCUGGUCCCCAAGGACCCCAGGCUGCACCACUGAGCUCUGGGGCCUCGACGGUUGCCAGGACCCUGAGGACUGCACACUGUUCUCCUGCCUCAUGGCCCCUGCCCUCUGCUACCUGCACACCCACCCCCCGGCCAGCUGGGUGGGAAAGUGGCAUGUGUGGCCAUUGCUGCCCCUUUCUGGGGUUUUCGGUCAAAACCAGCAGGAACUCGGAUGGGGACCCCAGGCGUUGGCUUCCUGGGGGGCUGCCGCUGAGCCAUUGUCAUGUAAUGUGAAAACCGCCUCCUGCUGCCCAGCCUGACCACAGCAGAGCUUGGGGCCUGCCAGCCGCUGCAUGGCCUUCGCUGGGCAUGCAGGUCCCACCGCAGGAGGCCCUGCCCUGAGUCCUCUGGGUCAAAACCACAGGACAACUGUGAAGCCAGAGCUGGGUCCAGGUGCCAACGUGAGCCACUCCCUGGUCAGUGCUGAUGGACAGAACCUGUCUACCCCACGCCAGCCAUCAGGCCACCGAAGGCACGUCCUGCUCCUCGGCCAUCUGGGGCGACCUCUCUGCCAGAACAGAACCAGGACAAUGCAAGGCCAGGGAGCCCGGUAGAGUGGGGAAGGGACAACGACACAGAAACAAGGGGCCCUGCUGCUGAGGGCUGGGAGUUGGGUGUCCUCUCCCCACCCCGGAGCCCCCACUUGGGGAACAGUCACUCAGGGAAGGGAAGGGCCCCCCUCCCCCCCGCCAAGGGUCCCUCACCUCUGGUGACUUCUGUCUGUGGAGGUUGAGGAUGGACAUCUGCAGUGUUGAACUGUGGGCAGGGAGGUGCCAGUAUUCCCUGCUGUUCAGGACGAGGCGGCACUGCAGGGUCCCUGCAGGGCACCGUCUUCACGCAGUUGGCUCUCCUGAGUGGAGAGCACUGUCGGGUGGGGAGAACCGUCAGGUGUUUACAGUUUUCGUUAUGCUGUUAUUAAGAGGACAGUCUAUAAAAGGAAACAGGCACAGGCGCCGUGGGAUGCGCCAUGCAUCAGGUCGCCGCCCUCCAAACUGCCAGGGGCUCGGCCUGCUGUCCCUCAAGAGCAGGCGGACGGCCACACGGGUCUGUGUGCCCUGAGUUGGGCUGAGACUCCCAACCUAGUAGGGUUUCUGAUGGGGACGUGGUCCACCGCCAGCCAGUCUCUGGGGCUUCUCCUUUGGCCUUUGACCUUUGACCAGCAUCGUAGUGAGCCCUGGGGCUUGUCAGAAGCAGCCCUAAGCGAUGAGCAGGUCUGGCCCCCUCCCCCCUGGCACCUGCCUGUGGGGACUGCGAGAACCACCAGAGACAAGGACCCGAGACUCGUUUCCCUCCCUGCUGUUCAGGUCCUGGGCUCCCACAACCCGAUCCCUGGUUUCCCCGCCGGCUUCUCAAGUGGAAAAUAAUGAAAAGAGCCUCUUCGGAAGAUCAGACCUCUUGGAAACAAAGAGCAAUAAUUAGGUCUCAUUAAGUUCUGCCUACUUGAAAAGUUUGCCGUGAUGAGUUAAAGUGAGGCCUUCUAAACUACAAACCACCUUUUUACGAAGCUGACCUGCGUCUGGAGGACAGUGAGAUGUGUGGGUGCCUGCUUGGCAAGCUCUCCACUGUGAGGAUGCUUCUCGUGGGACUCCCGAGGUUUCUAUUCCCUCUCCUCCUUUUCUGCUUCCCCCCAAAGCAACGGAGGAGGACUCGUGGGAGUUGACCCGGGAGGCGGGAUGUCACAUUGGUCUGUGACGACCAGAGUGAAAGUACUUCUCCCGGGCGCCUGUCCCCGCCCUCGAGAAGGCAGCUGUGGGCUAGCUGCAGACCUGGGCUGUGCACAGAGAAGGGGCACAUCUGUGGCAGGACUUCAGGCAGCCUUUGUCGUCUAAGCGUUUUCAAGUAUUGUCAGGGAUUUCCUGGUCCCACGCCCAUGAUGAGCCCACCCUCCACUCCUCUGUGGCUGUCAGCUGGUUUUGAUUUUCUGAGUUUUUGGACCAGAAACAAAAUGAAGAUUUUCCUAAGUUAUUAUAGUAAAUGAGGCACUUUCCUGCCAAGCUGCUUUUGAGACUCCUCAUCCCCAGCUGUGGCACUGCCCUUGUUCGGGGCUCACAUUCCUUCCCUUGGUCUCAUCUCCACGCCUACAUCUCCCACAUCCCGGGCAUUCCCAGGAUAGCCCUGUGCCGAGAGUCACAACCACAGCCUCGCUUGACUGCUGUCUAAUGACUGUAUAGACAUGGUAUUUUUUUAAUUAACUUCGUCGAGUUUUUAUAGUAUGUUCUCACCAAACCGUCUCAGAUGUGCGUGCACCAGCGAUGCCCUGGGUGUCAUUAUCCACACUGGGUCACUCUUGUGUCUGUGGUUGUGCCUUUGUAAACAAACACUUGAGCCAGGUUCAAGGCAGGUCAUCUGUUCACAUCCAACAAUACUUAGAUACUCAGACAUGGUUUUCAAAACUUACACUACUGAAUGGCAUAAAAAGCUUCUUGUUUUUACUUUUUAUUCAUUUAUGUUUUUUGGCAGUCCUCACCACAGGAUAUUUUUCCAUUGAUUUUUUUUUAGAUAGCACAGG